GGAACGCUGGGUGAACUUUGCCCACUUCAGUUUUUAGCAUAUUGCCAAAACGAGCUGUUUUGUUUACAUUUUUUUUAUUUGAAGUGUUUUAUUAACCAAAGAUGUGGUUUAUUUAUUUGCUUAGCUGGGUGUCCUUGUUAAUACAGGUGACUUUUGUUACUCUCGCUAUAGCUGCAGGUCUGUACUACCUGGCAGAGUUGAUAGAGGAGUACACAGUUGCCACAAGUCGAAUAAUAAAAUAUAUGAUAAUGAUCUCCACAGCUGUACUGGUAGGACUGUACCUGUUUGAGGGCUUCCCAAUGCUGAUGAUUGGGGUUGGCCUCUUCACUAACCUGGUGUACUUUGGCCUGCUACAAACAUUCCCUUACAUUAUGCUAAGCUCACCAAACUUCAUCCUGUCAUGUAUACUGGUGGUUAUAAAUCACUACAUGGCAUUUCAGUACUUUUCAGAGGAGUACUAUGCCUUUUCAGAGGUUCUUGCAUACUUUACGAUUUGCCUGUGGGUGAUACCAUUUGCUUUCUUUGUAUCCCUGUCUGCUGGGGAGAAUGUUCUUCCAUCCACAGUGCAGCAAGGAGAUGAUGUGGUGUCAAACUACUUUACCAAAGGGAAGAGGGGCAAACGCUCCGGGAUACUCCUGAUAUUCUCCUUCCUGAAAGAGGCUGUUUUGCCAAGCCGGCAGAAAAUGUACUGAAGUGCUACAGUUCAAGGGUAAAGGACAAAUUGACGGCUUGGAAAAGGGGGAGAAAUGGGUUAUGGGCAGGGUUUCCAGGUUUCUUAGUGAUCUGGAUUCAUUUGAUGAAGGGAGAGAGAGAUGUUUAAGUGGUUGAAAGGUGAAAGAACUAAAGAGAGAUCCUGUGUGGAAUAUCUUGUCUGGAUGGAUGUACACAACCUGCCACGGACAUAAAAGUUCCUCAGCUCAACUAACGUUUCUGUCUCUCUCUGUUCAUCUGUUUAAAUGAUGUGAGCAUAGCCAAUUAUUGCUCCUAAAGGAUCCGCAGCCGUAUGAUGUCUCCAGGCUCUGGUUUCCUUGAUAGGCGUUAUUAAGGCUAAUUUGGGACUGAAACUACACAGAAUGACAAUUGUCAAUGAUGAUGUACAUCUUUUGUUUAAUUUGUGUCUAAAUGUUGUUCCAAAAAGUCUUUCAUUUUUAAAGGCUUGACUCAUGGACAUGUCUUGCAGUGUCUUCAGCUGUAUCAUUGAUGGUGUGGGCUUCUUGGCAUAAAUUAAUGACAGCAAUACUGUCAGUAGUUGACACUAAAAUUUCUCAUAAAAUUAUUGUAACGCAGUCAUUAAGGCAUUUGGUCCUGCUUGUAUUGUUUGUAAGGUGUAAUGAACAAAAUAGUUUGCCUAAACCUUUCUAAAUUAAGCACAGUUGAGAUUAUAUGUAAGGUGUAAUGGUGUGUAAAAUAAGGUUCUCAGUAGAUUCUUACAUUUAUUGUGGAGAAGCCAAAACAAUGAAUAAUGCAUAUAAGUGGCGUUUGUAAGUCUCAUUACAUUCUGUAUAAUGUCGAAAAGCAUUUGCAUUGCUUUUUUUUUUUUUUUUUUUUUUUUUAAAAACCAAGUGAAUUUGACUGCAGUGGUCUUUCUUCAGAUGUUUUUCACACAUGCAGUUAAUAAACUGGCAGUUUAAUUUGA